AUGGCCGACGUAGAAAUGCAAGACGCUGGCUCUGCGAAAGAUAAGGUAGCUAAGUCCUCCAAGUCGGGGCCUAGUGAAGGAUCGGAAGGGAAGAAACGGUUUGAAGUCAAGAAGUGGAACGCGGUUGCUCUGUGGGCUUGGGAUAUUGUCGUUGACAACUGUGCCAUCUGCCGAAAUCACAUCAUGGACCUAUGUAUUGAGUGCCAGGCCAACCAAGGCUCGUCCACAACUGAAGAGUGCACCGUGGCAUGGGGAAUCUGCAACCAUGCUUUCCACUUCCAUUGCAUCUCCAGAUGGCUUAAGACUAGACAAGUAUGCCCCUUGGAUAACAGAGACUGGGAAUUCCAAAAGUACGGUCGAUAA